AUGGUUCUCCGGUUGGUCAAUCUCUUAAAAAUUCAUAAUGGGCGUCGACAGUGGUUUAAUGACUAUGAAGAUGUUUUUGGUGAAGACUCGUUAGAUAAUGGAGAGUUAUUUCCUGAAGAUGCAGGGGUUGAACAAGUUGUAGAACCAGGUUUAGUUGAGUUGGGCACACAAUUUAGUGAUAAGUUGGCAUUUAAAAGCCACCUCAGAGCUUACUGUGUGCAGCAUGGAACUCAAAAGCUUCCUAAUGAACCUACAUUCAGCAUUAAAGGUUUCUGUUUGGAGCACACAUGUAUUGGAGACCCACUAGGGAGAAAUUCUUCCGCUAAUCCUGAAUUUGUAGCUCAAUGUGUUAUCGAGAAGUUGAAGACUUCAACUGCAUCUAUCAAUGGAAGCUAUGAUGAGAGUUACAAACUUGUUCCAGGUUUGUGUGAGAUGAUUAGAAGGACUAACCCCGGCUCCAUAGAAAAAUUCACAUAUGGAAGGAAUGAUAAUUGCUUUGAUUCUGUUACGAUAUCCUUCGAUGCACCUAUGAGGGGUUUUAUAAAUGGGUGUAGACCAAUUGUAGGCUUGGAUGGCUGCCACCUCAAGGGAAAGUAUGGAGGUUGUUUACUUUCGGCUACCUCUCUAGAUGCUCAGAAUGGUUUGGUGCCUUUAGGCAUAAUGAUCUAUAGGAAUGAAUGUUUUGAGAAUUGGUAUUUCUUUUUGAAAGAUCUGAAACCAAGAUUAGUUGACCAUAGGUUGCAACUGAACUUCAUCUCUGACAAACAAAAGGGUCUGUUAGAAGCAGUGGCUCUACUAUUUCCUGGUUCCCCACAUAGGUUUUGCAUUAGGCAUUUAUCUAAGAACUUCAAAACACAUUACAAGGGGCCUAAGUUGCACAAUCAUCUCUGGAAUGCCGCUAGAGCUUAUAAAGUGAAACAUUUCAAGGCUCAUAUGGACAGUUUGCUUGCAGAGAAUGCUGAUGCUUUUUUGUAUCAGACUGAAGCAGACCCUAACUGUUGGGAAACGCCCUUUUUUGAUCGUAACAGCUGCUGUGAGCAUUUGAACAAUAACUUUUCUGAGAGUUUUAACAAUAUGAUACAAAGGAUUAGGGAGAAACCAGUGUGCAAGAUGGAAUUAAUGUAUGGACAGUUAGUUAUGGUUAUGUUUUAUAAGAGGAGGAAUGCAUGUUUAGGUUGGGAAGAUGGAGAUUUAGUGCCUACAGGUAAAAAGUUGAUUGGAAAGAUGUUAAAGCUGACUGAAAACAUGUACUUGUAUCCAAUGGCAGAUGAGGGGAUUCCCUUGUCAACAUGCCGUUUAUAUUGUAGUAAUUUCUACACUGUUGACAACAUCAGAACCACUUAUGCACCUUCAAUUGCACCUUUACUGGGUCCUGAUGACUGGGAAGAGCCAACCAUUGAGAUCAAUCCUCCAAUACUCAUGAGGAAACCAGGAAGGCCUAGAGUGAAUAGGAGGAGGAGCUACGACGAACCACAAACUGAGAAGAAACCUAGAGCUUGUAGCAAGUGUAAGCAGACUGGACACAACAAAACUACUCGUGGGGGUGGCGCAGUUGGUUCUAACCCGAAGGCAAAGCGACUUAGAACUGAGGUAGAUGGUCAGACCUUCACAAGCAUUAACUAUGUUCGUGGUCAAAGCAGCACUGGAAAACGCAAGAAGAUUGGCAACAACAACAUUAAUCUUGCUGAAUCUUCACAAGCUGGAGGAUCGCAACCAAAGACCAAAAAGGCCAAAAAAGCUACUUAA